CCUAUGGGUGGAACUGGAUGUUUCUGGAUGUGAUUUGUAAAGCUGUUGUACGUCACUAGAAUGGGGAGUGACUCAGAGGUUUGAUUGACAAGGAUCGCGUGGAAGAGACACUGAGCGUCCGCCACAGCCGUGAGCGUUUGAAUUUCUAACCGGGACGUAAUACUACGACUAGAAGGCAUUCGGUUGUCUUGAUUAGUACCAUUGAAUUUUUUGGAAACAUUCAGAAAUGAGCAUUCAAGGUGCUACUCUUAUUCUUUGCCAUAACAAAUGAAAACUGCUUCGCGAGGGAUUUUACGAAAGGCCGCAGUAUUGAGGAGUGAAGAGAUACUGUAGGACACUUCUACUGCAAUGCAGCAGGUGCUGGAUAACCUGAAUGAGCUGCCCACAACCACGGGGGCGAAGGAAAUAGACCUCAUUUUUCUCAGAGGCAUAAUGGAAAGCCCUAUCGUCAGAUCGCUUGCCAAGGCUCACGAAAGGCUAGAAGAUGUCAAACUGGAGGCGGUGCGUGACAAUAACAUGGAGCUUGUGACUGAAAUUCUGGAUGACAUCAUUCCUUUAACAAGUAAAGACGACUGCGCUGCAGAGCUGGCACGCAUCCUGAAAGACCCCCACUUUCAGUCACUUUUGGAAGCCCAUGACACGGUUGCAUCGAAAUGUUAUGAAGCACCUCCUUCUAAUUCUGAAAUAAAGAAUGAUGUGGCAGCUAACAACCAACAAAUAAUACCAGCUGAUUCUGUUCGUAUGAUUGGCAUUCGGAAAAAAGCAGGAGAGCCACUGGGUGUGACAUUCCGAGUGGAGAACGGUGACCUGGUAAUCGCUCGAAUUCUUCAUGGAGGCAUGAUUGAUCGUCAGGGCCUGCUGCACGUGGGAGAUGUCAUUAAAGAGCUGAACGGACGUGGCGUGGGGAACAACCCCAAGGAGUUGCAAGAAAUGUUAAGAAACAGCAGUGGUGGGAUAACCCUGAAAAUCCUGCCAAGCUACAAGGACUCUCCUGUACCUCAGCAAAUUUAUCUAAAAUCCCACUUUGACUACAAUCCAGCCAUUGACAAUCUCAUUCCUUGCAAAGAAGCAGGAUUGAAGUUUGCAAGAGGGGACAUUAUGCAAAUCAUGAACAGGGAAGACUGUAACUGGUGGCAGGCUUGUCAUGCUAGAGGAGGGACCACUGGACUUAUUCCAAGUCAGUUUCUUGAAGAAAAGAGGAAAGCAUUUGUCAGAAGAGACUGGGAUAAUUCAGGAGUACUUUGUGGAACAAUCGGUGGUAAAAAGAAAAAAAAGAUGAUGUAUCUUACAGCGAGAAAUGCAGAAUUUGAUCGCCACGAGCUCCAGAUCUAUGAAGAAGUAGCCAGAAUGCCACCUUUUCAGAGGAAGACGUUGGUGUUGAUUGGAGCCCAGGGUGUGGGGCGAAGAAGUCUGAAGAACAGACUUAUAGUAUUCAAUCCUACGAGAUUCGGAACGACAAUCCCAUUUACUUCUAGAAGACCAAGAGAUGAUGAAAGGGAUGGCCAGGUAUACAGGUUUGUGUCCCGGGUGGAAAUGGAAGCAGAUAUUAAAGCCAGCAGGUACUUGGAACACGGAGAGUACGAAGGAAAUCUGUACGGAACUAAAAUAGACUCCAUACAUGAAGUUGUUGAUACUGGAAGGACGUGCAUUCUGGAUGUGAACCCACAGGCACUGAAGGUUCUGAAGACCUCUGAAUUCAUGCCAUACGUCGUAUUCAUUGCUGCUCCAGAACUAGAGACACUACGUGCAAUGCACAAAGCUGUGGUGGAUGCUGGAAUUACAUCCAAGCUUCUGACGGACAUGGACUUGAAAAAGACAGUAGAUGAAAGCGCUCGGAUUAAGCGAGGUUACAACCAUUAUUUUGACCUGACCAUAGUAAAUGACAAUCUUGACAAAGCCUUUGAAAAGCUACAAGCUGCUGUAGACAAAUUAUGUGUGGAACCACAGUGGGUUCCUGUCAGCUGGGUGUACUGAACUUAUUUUGACUUUUUUAUAUACAAAUUGAAGGGAAAGUGUACUUUAUAAUUUAUUUUUAUUUUUUAACUUUUUACAAAAUAUCUUUCUAUUCAUAUCAGCUUGAAAUAAGUUGAAACUGAACUGGAUGUGAUGUUUCUGGUUUUGUACUACACCUAUUCACCUGAUGUAAUUUUCCGGGGCCCAUCUGAAGCUUACAUUUUUAAUCUUGUACUAUGAAAUGCAAAAAAAAAAAAAAAAAGAAUACUUGAAAGUGUAUCAUUUUCUAUUUAUUGAUAAAUCCAAGAUGGGUAUGAUCAUGUUUAUACCAAGGCUUUACACUACUGAAUAAUGAAUAUUAAUUAAUAAAAUAACACAAUGGUUUAUAAACAGAUAUGUUUACAUGCUAGUAAUACCACAGUAAUUGCAAUGCCACUUUUGUCUCCUAGUCAUUUGCUUUAUGUAACAAAGUAACUGUGACCGUUUACAGUCAUGUACUUUUCUGUUUUCUCAUCCUUAGUAACUGUUACCUAUUCUGGAUGUCCUGUAAGUUUGUCAUUAAUCCUGUUCUGCCCUAAAGCUGCUUUGUAACUUAUUCCUGAAGAUAUUUUUAAAAAGAUACAUCUAAGCAAUAUGGAACUGGUUUAACUGAAUUUCCAGAGAUCUGAAAAAUCUAUAUACAGGUGUGUGUGUGUGUGUCUCUCUCUCUCUCCUCUCUCUCUCUCUCCCUCUCUCUCUAUCUAUCUAUGUAUCUAUCUAUCUAUCUAUCUAUCUAUAUCUAUAUCUAUCUAUAUCUAUAACAUGCAUACAUCUGUAUAUAUUUUAUUUUAUUAAAAUCCUCAGUAUUUGUAUUUUGGUUGAUAAUUAUGAAGCUCUUACAUUUAAAGAAAACAAAUAUUUAAUUAAUUAUGGUUAUUAUGUUGUAUGUUUUAAUGUGUGUGAUCUAGAAUUAUUUUGAUUUUGAGUUUAUUAUGUCAUUAAAAAAUAAUAAUGUUCUUUAA